AUGAUGACUUCGGUGAGCAGUGAACGUACCCGGGGCACUCGGGACAAAAUGCAAAUUUCAACCACACAGCCAACACAACCACAGAAACAAGUAGUACAGGCAACAGCAGAACAGAUUCGCUUUGCUCAGAUGAUCUAUGAUAAGAACGAUGCAGAUUUUGAAGAUAAAGUGAAACAACUUAUGGAAGUGACGGGGAAAAACCAGGAUGAGUGCAUAGUGGCACUACAUGAUUGUAAUGGGGACAUGAACAGAUCAAUUAACAUAUUGCUGGAAGGAAUUUCAGACACGACUUCUUGGGAGACUGUAGGGGGAAAGAAGAAAAGCCUUGGAAAGGAAGGUUUGGAAAACAAAGAGAACAGAGAGAAACGAGGGGACAGAGAAAUGAGCCGCAGAUGGGGAAGUUCCAACAGACGGGGAAGAGGAGGCAGCCGUGGCCGAGAGUUUAGAGCUGAAGAGAAUGGAGUGGGCAACAAUCAAGGAGACAGGCCUUCAGACCGUGGAAAACGUGGCCAUGUGAGAGGGUUUGGACGUGGCAGAGGGAGAGGAGCGGGGAGGUUUUCAGCCCAAGGCAUGGGGACAUUUAACCCUGCAGACUAUAUGGAGUCUUCUGCCACUGAUGGCUUUGGGACAAAAUCAGAUAUUUGGGAGACUGGUCAGAAUGAUGCAGAUGAUGGAACUGGACCAUGGAAAAACUCAGUAGAAGAAUGGACUGCAGAAGACUGGAAUGAAGAUCUUUCUGAAACAAAAGUCUUCACUGCUUCCUCUGUUCCAGCUGAGAAUCAUGUGACUCCUAGGCAGAGCAUUGAUUUGGUAACACUGUUUCAAAAGCCUGAAAAGCCUGUGACCUUUACCCAAGAGACAGAAGGCAACUCAUUUGAGGUUCCCCAGCAGCAGACCUUUGGCCAAGCCCUAGUCUUCACAAAUUCUCAGCACAGCACCCAGAUGGCAUCAGGAAGUGGCAACUCCAGUGCUGUAAACUCUUAUUCUCCUCAAAGUCUGUCUGCAGUUCUUUGUUCUGGCUUUGGUGAACUUGGGUCCUCUAAAUUGACAAACUCUGCUGGAUCUCAAAUCUUGGACCAAUUGAAAUCUCCAGGUUUGGGUCAGUUUACCUCUCAACAAAACAAUAAUAGUUCUACCACCACUACCACAUCAUCCUGGGAUUUAAAACCACCCAUUACUCAGUCCUCAGUCCUUAGUCAGUUUGACUUGAAAUCCCAGCCUGAACCCUCCCCAGUUCUGAGCCAUCUGGCCCAGCGACAGCAACAACAAACACAGACAGUCCCUGUUUCUCCUCCUGGGCUGGAGUCCUUCUCCUCCCAGGUAAAACUCCACGAGCCGUCACCAGUAGACACCUCUACAGCUGUUAGCAAAAUGUUACAGCUCUCCACUAUAUCUAUGGAUAACCAGGCAGUGACUGCCCACCAAAGCCAGCAGAAGCAGAUAAAACCACCAAAACGGAGGAUAAUUCCAUCAUCCAAGAUUCCUGCCUCUGCAGUGGAAAUGCCUGGAUCAGCAGAUGUGACAGGAUUAAAUGUUCAGUUUGGAGCUUUGGAGUUUGGAUCAGAGCCUGCACUCCCAGAAUUAGGAUCAUCUUCAAGCAGUGAGAAUACCAGCCAGGCAACCAACAAUAGCUUGUACACAGAAUCUCUAAAGUAUGUUGAUCCUUUGAAUACCUCUUUGCCAAUAGUCAAUACAGUACAGGAGUCCACCUACACAACCUCUGCCAUCACCUCUUCCAGUCUGACCUGCUCAUCCCAGAGCACUAGCCCAGUAACAACUUCCUCCUAUGACCAGACUUCUGUGCAUAGUAGGAUAGCGUACCAAAGCUCCAUGGCUCCAUCUGAACCAACCCCUGUUGCAGAUACAAAUGGGCACAGCAGUGUUAGAACACAGGCAACUCUUGACACUACUUCAUCAGUUCCUGUGCUUAAGACAGAACCUUCUCCCUCAGUACCUUCUACUGGUUCUCUGCCCAGCAUGGUGUCCACCACUGCUUCGCUUCUGCCUUCAGCAUCGCAGCAUGCAACAACGUUGUGCAACUUGCCUCAGUCCAGUGAUCUGGCUAGCAGCUCACUCUCCCAGUUAAGCAGUUCCCUUUCCAAUCAUCAGAGUAGCCUCUCCCCUGCCUCAGUGUUGUCUUCAUGCACAUCGCAUGUGCACACUAGUGUUGAGAACACAACUUUGCUCCAGCCUUCAACAACCUUUUCAACUGCUUCAACCUCAGCCACUAGCAGCACCUCCUCAGUUGUCAGCAUGGCAAGCAGUAUGAACACUACAGUCAGCCUUGGCCUGAGUGUUACCAGUGUGUCUGCUACCACACGGGCAGCUCCCUUAGUGUCUUCAGGCAAAGCUCCCCCAAAUCUGCCUCAAGGUGUACCACCUUUGUUGCAUAACCAGUAUAUUGUGGGACCUGGAGGACUUCUGCCUGCCUACCCAAUUUAUGGUUAUGAUGAUCUCCAGAUGCUUCAGCCCAGGCUGCCAAUGGAUUACUAUGGAAUUACAUUCCCUGCUCCUGCAACCUUGACAGGCAGAGAUGGAAGCCUUAUUAACAACCCCUACUCAGGUGACAUAACAAAAUUUGGCCGUGGGGAUUCUGCCUCCCCUGCUCCUACUACCACACUCGCCCAGCCGCAGCAGAACCAGCCGCAGACUCACCAUACAACUCAGCAGCCAUUCCUCAACCCGACCCUGCCCCCAGGGUACAGCUACACUGGGUUACCUUAUUAUGCUGGUGUGCCCGGUGUACCCAGUGCAUUCCAAUAUGGGCCAACCAUGUUCGUACCUCCAGCAUCUGCUAAACAGCAUGGAGUCAACCUUAACACCACCUCGACUCCUUUUCAGCAAGCAAGUGGCUAUGGGCAGCACGGCUAUGGAGCAGGCUAUGAUGACUUAACACAGGGAGCGGCAGCUGGAGAUUACAGCAAAGGAGGCUACAAUGUGUCAUCUCAAGCACAAAACAAAUCUGCUGGCGCUGGACCUGGGAAAGGUGUUUCUGUGACCUCAAGUAACACGGGUGUGCCUGAUAUCAACGGCUCAGUCUAUAACAAGACUCAGACAUUUGACAAGCAGGGAUUCCAUGCUGGCACACCACCUCCUUUUAGCCUACCCUCUGGUCUCGGAUCGACUGGGCCCCUGAACCCUGGUGCUGCCCCGGGUUAUGCUCCAGCCCCGUUUCUCCAUAUCCUCCCUGCACAUCAGCAGCCUCAUUCCCAGAUGCUGCAUCACCACCUUCAGCAAGAUGGGCAGGGUGGAUCUGGCCAACGCAAUCAACCCAGCACCAUGCAGCAAAAAUCUCAGGCUACCAAAACCACCUAUGGCACUUCUCCAUACUGGACAAACUAA